UUUAUUCUCUUAAAGAUAAAAAUUAAUUUACUCAAAUGUUGCUUGCAGAAAUACAGAGUUUUCAUAAAUGUGAACAUGAAUAUAAGCAUGUAUCUCAAUCUCCUAAACAAGAAUAUAAUGGUUGCUCUUUGUUAAAAGAUGAAUCGAAAUGUAAAAAGUUUAAAGAAAAUAUUCAGUUCUCUUCAGAUGAAUCCAAGAAGCUAUCACAUUCCAAUUUUUCUAUGUUUCCAAAUGAAAUAAUAUUAGAAAUAUUUAAAAAAUUAGAUUUACAGUCAUUACGUUGUAUGAGUCAGGUCAAUAAACACUUGAAUAUUUUAUCAUGGGACCCUAUGUUUUACAAAAACUUGAACAUGAGAGAUACACACUUUACGUGUUGGAAUUCUGAUAUAGCUACUAAAUUCCGUUAUUAUGCUCCCAGAUGCGAAUACUUGUCACAAUUGGAUCUGUCAUUUUGUUUAUUUCUUGUUUCGGAAUUUAUUGAUUUUCUUGAUACAUGUGGCAGACAUUAACACACCUGAAACUAAAUUACUGUCGUUCUAUCAAUGACUUAGCUAUACGUAAAAUUUCAGAGAUAUCUAAAAAUUUGAAACGUAUAUAUGUAUGUAAAUAUAAUUGUUAAAAUUAUAGAUAAGAUGUAUAUGAUUAAUUUAUAUGUAUUUUUUAUAUUAGAAUUGGAUCUAAAUUACUGUGGAGAAGAUAUAACCAGUGAAGGAGUUUCGUAUCUCGAAAGACUCGAAUUUUUGGAACGUUUACAUCUUCAAGAGAUAGAUUAUAUAGAAAUUUAUACUCUUUGUAAUAUACUGAGGAAUAAUCGACAGAUGCGUGACUUGAACAUAGCAGGCGUACUAAUAGGUACGCCUACAGUGGAUGUAGUUGCAAUAGAGUUGAAAAAUUCAUGUCCAAAUUUGGAAAGCAUAAAUUUCGAAGGAGAAAACUCUAUUACGUGGCAAGGUAUUGAUGCUCUUGCUGAGUGUAAAAAUUUACAGGAAUUGAAUAUUGGAGGGUACGUGACUUUUUUUAAUACAUAUUACCAUAUUUUCAUUGAAAAUUCGAUCUGUUUGCCUGUCUUACAUGCAUUUUGAAACAGCUAUAUUUUUUUAUUUGCGAAUGAAGGACUGUAAUAAUCAUAACUCGUUUACAACAGGUGUGUAAGCUACAAUUGGAGUAGUGAUAGUUUCCAUAGAUUGUUAUCUUCUUGUCAACACUUGGAAAAUAUCAACUUAGGAAAUUUUCAGGGAAUCACCGAUCGUGAUUUGACAACACUGAUGCUGUGCAAAAACUUAAAAUACUUAGAUUUGUCAAACAUACUUGUACCAUCUGACAUAUGUUCCGAGAUUUUAUUGAAGUGUUCGAAACUGGAAAAGAUUGAUCUUUACUGUACUGGUAUUAAGAAAAGUUUGAUUGAUCAAUGGAACGAAGAAUAUCAGCAUAUAUUAAUUAUCCAUGAUAAUGUAGUUUAAAAAUUAUGAUUCAUCACAAAUGUGCUAAUUAUUUAGAAUAUGGAUCUUAUCACAAAUUUUGAUAUAUACUUAUUCAAUUUUAAUAUGAAACGACAGAAUCUGACAGAGAAAGAACGCUUAGUCUCGCAAAGCAAAUUGUUAAUACUGAAAUAUACCCAAUAAAUAAAGAUUAAUUGAAAUUAA